UUCAAAAGUUACCACAGACUGGCGACCAACAUAAUGAGAGAAUUUGGGUAUGGAAGUCGAAUUAUGGAAAGCCGGAUACAGUUAGAGCUUGAAAAGUUGAUCGAAAACUUCAAAAAGUUUGAAGGUAAGGAGUUCAACCCAUCUGACCUGACGACAAUUUGUUCAAUGAAUAUAAUGUGCAGCAUAUUGUUCGGUGAACGUUACGAUGAAAGCGAUCCAGACUUGUCAGAAUUAAUUGCCCUGGUUCACAACACCUUCAGAAACUUUAGAAUCGCCUUCUUUUUGCAAGUUCUCAAAUUUCUGAUCCACGUUCCGUAUUUUAAAUCUUUCGUCCAAAAUUCCAUGCAGAUGAGAACUAGAAUUUUGGAGAUAGUGGAAGAAAAAGCAAAAACAUGCACUGAUCCUCUCUACCGCCAAGAGAAGCCAAACUUCAUAGAUAGGUAUAUUGAGAUGGAAGGUCCUGUUAACGAUAGACCGCAGCUGUUACAUUUGAUACACGAUCUUCUACUGGCCGGUACGGAAACGACAGCAAGCAUGUUACAAUGGGCUCUCAUCAUCAUGGCGAACAACAUAUCCAUUCAAGAGAAGAUGAGAGAUGAACUGAGAAGAGUCGUCCCACACGACAGAUUGCCAUCACUGAACGACAAACCAAAUCUCAUCUAUUUUGAAGCUUCUGUCCUAGAACUGAUACGUUUCAAAAGUGCCGCUCCUACUUCAGUUCCACACACCACGAUUAGUGAUUGCGAGAUAUCUGGCUACUUCAUACCUGCCGAUACAUUUGUUCUUGGCAAUAUAUACUGCGCUCAUUUCAACCCAAAAAUAUGGGAAGAGCCAGAUGUAUUCAGACCAGAACGUUUCAUAAAAGAUGGUCAGAUUAUAAACAAGGAUCUCCUUGUACCAUUUUCAAUAGGUAAGCGUUCGUGUUUCGGAGAAAUAUUAGCGAGACAAGAAAUGUUUCUGUUCGUCAGCAGUCUGGUUCAGAAGUUUAAAAUCUUGCCGCCAGGAGAUGAGAGAGAAUUGAUAGUUGAUGAGAUAUACGACGUUACGUUGAAACCUGCUUCCUUCAACAUU